CGACACGUCUCUCGCUCCGUCCUAAACGUGCACAAAACUCACUUGUAAGAAAGAAACAGUGAGAUUCAUGACAUUCAUCUAUUCCUUGCCGAAGAAUCUGGUCUUCUCUUCUCUCCCGGUUCCCUUGUAGCCGUGAAGUUUCGGAUCAUCACUACUGUUCUUUCAGGAAUUUUAUGGUGGUCCUUGACGACGAACUUGGGAUUUAGCCGGGAGAAGUGUCUUUCUUUGCCUCUCUUCUGUCGAAUAUGGUGAUUUCUCCAGAAUUUUAGUUUCUUACUGCAAUUAGCUCUGGGAAUCGCAAAAUUUGUCAAGAAAGAUUGAACUUCUGCGCUGACUCUUUUAUCAUAUAAGUUCAAUUGGAGUUUUUUAGUGACAUCCCUUCUUCGAAAAUGGUGGAAUCGAUUGCUGCAAUUUCACUUCUUGGCCAUCGACCUGUCUGUGGAGCAAAUUUAAUCAGGGAUGUAUCUGGUAAACGUAAAACAUUGAUUCAUUGUCGAUUCCCGGCAACAGAAUUCCUUGGUGAAAGGAUUAUGAUUUCAUUAUCUUUGCCUAAAACAAAAAUGGGUGUCUCCCCGUCAUCAUCAAUUAAGGCUCUGGCAAUGGAGCUUACGAAAGAGGCUUAUGCGUACAGGGAAGAGAGAAUACCAGAGACAGAAAGUGGCGAGAUUGAUCGUGGCUUUGAAGGCAGACCUGGUUUUUGGCCACCAGUUAACAGAGCAGAUAACCCUUCGCUUCAUAAUCCCUUACUUAGACAAGAAAGGAUGGGAUGUGGCUGGUUGGGUGCCAUAUUUGAGUGGGAAGGGGUUCUCGUUGAAGAUAAUCCUGAUCUUGAGAAGCAAGCCUGGCUAGCUCUUUCUGAAGAAGAAGGAAAGUCCCCUCCUCCAGCUUUUAUCCUAAAGAGAAUAGAAGGGAUGAAGAAUGAACAAGCAAUAUCUGAAGUUCUAUGCUGGUCCAGGGACCCGACAGAGUUGAGAAGAAUGGCUAAUAGGAAAGAAGAAAUUUGCCAGGCUUUGCAAGGUGGGAUAUAUAGGCUAAGGGCUGGGUCAAGAGAGUUUGUCAGUGUUUUGAUGCAUUAUAAGAUACCAAUGGCAUUGGUUUCUACUCGUCCUAGAAAAACUCUCGAGUCUGCUGUGGGGACAAUUGGUAUUGAAGAGAAUUUCAGUGUUAUUGUGGCAGCAGAGGAUGUAUAUAGGGGAAAGCCUGAUCCAGAAAUGUUUGUGUAUGCAGCGCAGCUUUUGAACUUUAUACCUGAAAGGUGCAUUGUAUUUGGGAACUCAAAUCAAACAGUGGAGGCUGCACAUGAUGCUCGGAUGAAGUGUGUGGCUGUUGCUAGUAAGCACCCUGUCUAUGAGCUGGGGGCCGCAGACUUGGUUGUAAGGCGCCUGGAUGAGCUUUCAGUGGUUGAUUUGAAGAACCUGGCAGACAUAGAAUCAGCUGAAUUUGGAUCUGUGGAACCUGAGUUGGAGCUGGAAGAGGAUGCAGAUUUAGAUGUAUCAUCUGUUGAUGACAAUUUCUGGUAACCUGAUAAAUGUACAGUUAAUUGACCUUCAUCUGAUUCUUGAUGAUAAUAGUUACAGAUUAAUCCCUUGUGUAUAUGAUUAAUAGAAUAACGAGAGAAAAAAAGGAUAGAUGGUCUGCAUUGAACAAUAUCGAUGUACCUCUGUAUUUUCUGUACUAAUGUACAUGUCUGGCUUUAAGAA